AUGGCCCAGGCGCAGAGACUUCUGAUGAGUCAGGCACUUUUAGCCACUGCAAUCCAGGGAACUUACCCUUGGUGGCAGGUCUUGGUGGGGGGUAUCGUGGGGGAAUGGCUGGUUCUCACGAAAUCAACCUGUGAUUCACUGAGAGAGGAGCCCCAUUCAGCCAAGCUGUGCGCUAAUGCCUUUGUCUCUGUUGCAGUAUCCAACAUUUGUACCACUCGAGGCGUCCGCUCCUGCCAGCAGUGUCUGGCUGUGAGUCCUCUGUGUGCCUGGUGCUCAGAUGAGGCCCUGCCUCUGGGCUCUCCCCGCUGUAACCUCAAGGAGAAUUUGCUGAAGGAUAAGUGUGCCCCGGAGUCGAUCGAGUUCCCCGUCAGUGAGGCCCGCAUCCUGGAGGCCAGGCCCCUCAGCGACAAGGGCUCUGGAGACAGCUCCCAGAUUACUCAAGUCAGCCCUCAGAGGAUUGCACUCCGGCUCCGGCCAGAUGAUUCAAAGAGUUUCUCCAUCCAAGUCCGACAAGUGGAGGAUUACCCUGUGGACAUCUACUACCUGAUGGACCUGUCUUACUCCAUGAAAGAUGAUCUGUCCAGCAUCCAGAACCUAGGCACCAAGCUGGCCUUGCAGAUGCACAAGCUCACCAGUAACUUGCGGAUUGGCUUCGGGGCCUUCGUGGACAAGCCCGUGUCACCAUACAUGUACCUCUCCCCGCCAGAGGCCCUCAAAAACCCCUGCUAUGAAAUGAAGACCACCUGUUUGCCUAUGUUUGGCUACAAACAUGUGCUGACACUAACUGACCAGGUGACCCGCUUCAAUGAGGAAGUGAAGAAGCAGAGUGUGUCUCGGAACCGAGAUGCCCCGGAGGGUGGCUUUGAUGCCAUCAUGCAGGCUACAGUCUGUGAUGAGAAGAUUGGCUGGAGGAACGAUGCGUCCCACUUGCUGGUGUUUACCACUGAUGCCAAGACCCAUAUAGCGCUGGAUGGAAGGCUGGCAGGCAUCGUCCAGCCCAAUGAUGGGCAGUGUCACAUUGGCAGUGACAACCAUUACUCUGCCUCCACUACCAUGGAUUAUCCCUCCCUGGGGCUGAUGACCGAGAAGUUAUCCCAGAAAAACAUCAACUUGAUCUUUGCCGUAACUGCAAAUGUAGUCAAUCUCUACCAGAACUACAGUGAGCUCAUCCCUGGGACCACAGUGGGGAUCCUGUCUACCGAUUCCAGCAAUGUCCUUCAGCUCAUUGUUGAUGCUUAUGGAAAAAUCCGCUCUAAAGUAGAACUGGAAGUGCGUGACCUCCCUGAGGAGUUGUCUCUGUCCUUCAAUGCCACCUGUCUCAACAAUGAGGUCAUCCCAGGCCUUAAGUCUUGUGUCGGACUCAAGAUUGGAGACACGGUGAGCUUCAGCAUCGAGGCCAAGGUACGCGGCUGCCCCCAGGAGAAGGAGAAGUCCUUCACCAUCAAGCCUGUAGGCUUCAAAGACAGCCUCACGGUCCAGGUCACCUUCGACUGUGAUUGUGAAUGCCAGGCCCAGGCCGAGCCUUCCAGCCAUCGCUGCAACAAUGGCAACGGGACCUUUGAGUGCGGGGUGUGCCUCUGCGGGCCUGGCUGGCUGGGGUCCCAGUGUGAGUGCUCCGAAGAGGACUACCGUCCCUCCCAGCAGGACCAGUGCAGCCCCCAGGAGGGCCAGCCUGCCUGCAGCCAGCGCGGCGAGUGCCUGUGUGGCCAGUGCGUCUGCCACAGCAGUGACUUUGGCAAGAUCACGGGCAAGUACUGCGAGUGUGAUGACUUCUCCUGUGUCCGCUACAAGGGGGAGAUGUGCUCAGGCCACGGCCAGUGCAGCUGUGGGGACUGCCUGUGCGACUCGGACUGGACCGGCUACUACUGCAACUGCACCACGCGCACGGACACCUGCAUGUCCAGCAACGGGCUGCUGUGCAGCGGCCGGGGCAAGUGUGAGUGCGGCAGCUGCGUGUGCAUCCAGCCCGGCUCCUACGGGGACACCUGCGAGAAGUGCCCCACCUGCCCCGACGCCUGCACCUUUAAGAAGGAGUGUGUGGAGUGUAAGAAGUUUGACCGAGGAGCCCUCCAUGAGGACAACACCUGCAACCGUUACUGUCGUGAUGAGAUCGAGUCUGUGAAGGAGCUUAAGGAUACUGGCAAGGAUGCAGUGAAUUGUACAUACAAGAAUGAGGAUGACUGUGUCGUCAGAUUCCAGUACUAUGAAGACUCGAGUGGAAAGUCCAUUCUCUAUGUGGUAGAAGAGCCAGAGUGUCCCAAGGGUCCUGACAUCCUGGUGGUCCUGCUCUCAGUGAUGGGGGCCAUUUUGCUCAUCGGUCUUGCUACUCUGCUCAUCUGGAAGCUUCUCAUCACCAUCCAUGACCGGAAGGAGUUUGCUAAAUUUGAAGAAGAGCGAGCCAGAGCAAAAUGGGACACCGCCAACAACCCACUGUACAAAGAGGCCACAUCCACCUUCACCAACAUCACCUACCGGGGCACUUAAUGACAAGGAGUCAUUCUCAGAUCACUAUCAAGCUGUCCCAGAACUGUGGACAUCUCUGCUGUCAUGUUUACAGGGAACGAUAUCUGUGGGGUGGGAUUGGGAGCUGGGUGUGGGGUGGGUCGGAAGAACGUCAGUCUGUGGAGGUAUGGGCCUCUGUGCAUGUGUAUGUGUGAGUUGCUGCGUGUGGGGGAAUGUGUAAUUUAAAACUUGUGGUGUGUCCCAGGCAAGCAGAGCUCCUCAACCUUCGUCCACAGAAUGCCUCCUUCAGGGAUUAUUCCUGCUUAACCUGAGGGUGACUGACACAGCUGAGCCGGUGUUCUACAUUACCUCAGUGAGAAGCCAGCUUUCCCUUUCGGGCCAUUUUUUUCCUGAAGAAGAAAGCAGAGCCGAGCCUCUCAUUCCAGAGGAGGGGGCCUUGACUCUACUUUGAGUUCAUGGUUCUUGGGCCUGACGCUCAGCAGCUCUGAUAGCAACUGCUGAGCUUGGUGGCCUUGUUGUGUCAUCUGGACCUUUAUCUCCUUUCUCUUCUCUCAGGGUGAAGGAGAAAUCGGAGGCAAGCUGAACCGUCAGGGCUGCCUAUGCCUUUUACCAUCACCUCAAUCCAGUAUGGUUCUCUCAUGAGGGGAGACUUGCUAGCAGUUCUGUGGGGAAUGAGGAUGAUAGGGCCACUCAGGGGUCAUGGAUGGCCUGGACAGAUGUGCCAGAGUCCCCCAGUUCAUCAUCAUCACCCUUUAGAUCUGUCUCAUCGGCAGCUCCACCCUAGAAGUUCCUUUAGAAGAAGUGUGUCACCCUUAGGCCAGCAUCACUUCUCUACCUUCUCCUUCCACACUCUCACUGCUGUAGACAUUUGCUACAUCCUGGGGGUUUCUUUCAUGACCAAACACUUUUCCUCACAGGGAGAGUGCUGUGAUUAGAGCCAGAGGUCUGGCCCCACCCUUCCGGCCCUCCGCCCCUGGUCCAAGGCACCUCUCCACACACCCAACCUGGUGCUUCCGUGUCUACAUCCAUCCACGCGGCUGACUGCAUUUAUCUACCUCUUGGCUGUCCUUGGGUGAAGGAAUCUUUCCCAUGGGUCUCCAAGUCCGCUGGACAUAACUGCCACAUUUGGAAUGCUGGGCCAGUUGUAUCAGCAUGUGUGGCUUAUUCUCCUAUGGCCUGGGCAACCUCAUUUUAACUCAGUCUUUAAUCUGAGAGGCCACAAGUGCAAUUUUAUUUUAUUUUUCUCAUUGGGUCACCUGAACCAUGAUGAGGCUUGCUUAAUCGAAAGGAAUAGGUAUAUAAUCACACUUGCAUUCUUUUGUAAUUUUAUUUGGUGGUGAGGAAGGAGAGUGUUAAAAAAGAAAAAAAAAAACCAACACAGACUUGGACUAGUUACAGACCCUCCCACUUGGCAUCCUUCAUAGGAAGUUGCUGCCCAGCCGCCGGGUCUCUCAUCCUGGAAGCCUGUAGGGAUGGACCCAUGGGCAUGCUGGGCCUUUUCUGAGGAGCUGGGAUACAGGCUCUUCUUUUUUCCUAGCCAUAGCUGUUGCUCCAUUGGUGUUUACCUUAGUCUGACAUUAACACCCACCCUCACCCCCAUUCAUCAAGAAAAAGGGAAGGACCUAUAGACAGUGGUCUGAUGAUCAGAAAAUCUAGGUCCUGGCCUCAGUGUUACAGCUAAGGAAUCUUUAACCUUAAUUAAGGCAAGUCUCUUUCUUCUCCCUGGGGCUCAACUUUCUAGUUUGAAAAAUGAUAGGUUUGGACCAGCCAAUAUCAAUAUCGUGAUAUUCUAAGAUGCUGGGACUUCCUGUGGCAUCAAGCAUGCUGUCAAGAUUUUAGGAGGUAUUGUUACUCUUGGUUGUUUUAGUUGGGAGAUCUGAGAGACCUGGCUGUGGCAAGAGCAGAUGUCAUUCUAUGUCAGCUUUCUCAACGGAAGAGCCUCAUUCUCUCCUCUCAGAACUCUUCCAGAAUUUGUUAGCAGUUACAUCUCCUGAUGUAGCACUCAAGCUCCACUUAGUUUAUUAUUUCUUAGUUCACUUUGUUCACAUUUGCAUCCACGUAUAAGGAAGAGGCAUCCAUAAGAAGCAGCUGAAAUAUGUAUUCUCUAUCUGUGGGUUAACACUGAGACUAAGCUUUGAAAUUAGGAAUGGGACAAAUGAACCUUGUCUCACCCAUGGAUUAUCCUUUACUGAAGGGGAUGGUAGUACAGUUGAGGGUUGAAUCCAAGAAGUUUCAAACCUAACUAUAUCUUUUGGCUACUGAGACAAGAGUCCAUUAGAAUAGUAGUUGUACGUUUUAUUUAGAUAAGAUGGUUUAUAUGAAUAAAUUAUAUCAAAGGAGGAAGAACACAUAUCUAAAAGAUUAAAAAAAACCCCAUUAGGACUCUUGUCUGAACUUCUGGAACAAGGCUUCUAGGCCUUUGCCUGUCUGUGGGGAGAUCCUGUUCACGAGAUAGCAAAGUGCAGUCAGUUCUGGCCUCAUGUGGGGUGAACAUCUAAAUAGGAUUUUGGCAUCAGCACAGCCCCAAAAGGUUAUUUGUGCUCAGCUCAUCUGGAGAUAAUUUACAUUCAAUCUCAGGGUCUGUGGACAGUAACGGGAAGCUUUGAACAUUCCUGACAAGUUGUCACAUAAGGAGUCAGUUCUUUACCUCUCAGAUAUUCUUAGACCAUCCAUGACUUCAAGAUACUUCUCUUUGUUAAGUAUUCCUGGUUGGAACGCCUUAAGUGCCUUCCGGACUUCCCAACCACCCCCUUUGUUUGAGUUGUGCAACAGUGAAUUAAAUGUGCUUUCCAAAACGAA